CCUUGCUUUUCCAAGUCUUUACGGAAUUUAACCUUGGUGCUUACCUACGUAGGCAUUCCAAUAAUGUGAACGAUAUCACAAGGUGUUCAAGAGUACCGUUAACUGUCUACAGCUUAGGAAUUCGGUGCUGCGACGAAAGGCUACAAUGAGCGUGUCCGAAAUAGCAGAGUUUUUGGAGACUCCCACUGGAAAAGACAAAAUGAUAAGGACGCUAUGUUACGCCGCUAAACUUACAUCUGCAUUGGUGAAAUCGGAAUCUGCAUCGGAAAAAUUAAAUUCUUUCGGCAGUCAACUGAGUAACUGUCGUGUUAUAUUAAGGCUGUUCGAUGACUUCCCACAACUAAGUUGUACACUGGAGUAUGGUCUUGGUGCGCAGGAACGUGAUGUCUAUCUCAGAUUUGUCAAUGUGCUCAGGAAUUUGGUAGAUCAAGCGUUCUUUCCAAUUGAACACAUAGAGUGGCUGGCAGAUAACAACUACAUUAAUGUUCGGAGUGAACCAUGGGCUGUAUGUAGCACUUGGUGCUGGGUUAUCUCACUGGCCUUGUCACUGAUGAAGUCACUUAGAACCAUCAAAAAUAUGAAUAAGCGAAAAAAGUCUCUGAAGGAAGUAGACUCCGAGCACAAGGAUGCAGUUGUAAUGGCAGCAAAGAGACGACGCGAAGUUCUGAGUGCAGUCCGGAAUGUGAUAGACCUGAUCCAUGCCAUACAUUGUCUUCCUCCUGGCUUCCUAUGGUCGAGUCGCCUAAGUAGGUUGCAGGUUGGCACUGUGGGAACACUGUCAUCUCUGCUCGGUCUUUACAUGGCUGUUACAUCAUUCCGAGCCAACAGGGCCUGAGCACAUUCAACCGAUGUUUCCUAUAGGGCAGCGUCUGCAAACAGAACAACUGUUGCAGAUCUCUACAACGUCAGCCUGUUAUACAUAGUAUAAAUCUUUAGUCUCAGUAAAAGUGUUGGAUGCGCCUGCUCUCGAUAACUGGCAGUUGCCUAGUAUUAUACAAAUGUAAAGAGCGCUAAAAUACCUUUAAAAGAUGCAUCUACCUGUUCUUGGUGUAAGGUAAUUUUGUGUUUAAAUGGUUUGGAGCUUGUGGGCAAAUGACACAGGUUGAUGAUAAACAUUAACAGGUGCUAGCUCUGCACAUUUGUAGCAAUCUUCAGUCUGCAGCAAAUUGCCCCUUGAGGCACGAGCUACAGAUCUGAAGUGAAGAGGACAUGCUGCUGUAUGGUUGGAAACUAGCGUAUCAACUUCUUCUUGCUCUUUGCUUCUCUAAACUUCCUUUGAAUUUCUAUGCCUCCAGAUUUCUCACAUAUGUAGUACUUCAUCUUGGGUAAUGAUAUAUUCAGUUCCUUCUCAAAUUCUGGUAUCUUGUCAAUCCAGCUCAUCCUAGUUGUGAGCAAAGGGUUUGGUUUAAAGACCUGUCCGUGCGGUGUCUCUGGUGUAGGCAUGUCGUUUGGGGGUUUUGAGGUGGCAUAAUUGGGCUCAAAUGUCCAACUGUUAGCUGUUAUAUUUGCAUUCUCAAUACUUCCAAACUAUGUGCCUCACCAGAGACACCAUACAGGUAGGUCUUAUAGAAAUAUGAAUAGUACAAAAAUGUCUAUAUAUGUCUAAAACAAAUGUAACAUUUUUUGAGCUUGUCUUCCAGUUUUAGUUCUCAAUGCAGACAAGGAAUGUUGGCAAGUGCUAGUGGUCUAAAGUAAAUAAUAGAAGGAAAAAGAUGAUGGCAAUUUUCAAAUCUAUAUGCACGAGAUACUAUUGGCAAUUUAGGUUGGCAAUUUUAAUAAUUCACACUGUGACCAGCUUUGGAUUUUUAAAGUUCAAAAGCAAUAUUUACAUAUAGAUGUAAACCAGAAAUACAGCUCAUCAUUACAAGUUAGCAAUUUUGCUGUUAGAGGUAUGUUGUAAGCUUGUUGCUUUUUUAAAAUCCAGUUGUCACUGUAGGAUGUGCUUAAUAUAUUUUCUCUUGUCAUUGCUUAUUACAAGAAUGAGUGAAGCUAUUACCGUCUGAUAAUGCAAGUGAUAGAAGGUAAUCAUUGACUGCAAAAUUGAGCUGUAGACAAACAUAAAGUAGAUUGAAAAAGUUGCUGACCUAAGAAACAAAGCAGUCUUGGGCUGGGCUCACACUGUUGUCCUACCUAGCUGCCUCUCCACCACCCAACCUACUAUAUCCUGUGAUACACAUGACUUUAACUCAAAAGGAGGACAUUGUCCAAAAUCUCAGGAACUUUUGCUGUCUUUAAUUUUUAUAUUUUUUCGACUAGCCAGAGGCACAUGCUGAAAGCAGUUUCUGUUGUGUUGACAACUAGUGAAGGCAUUGCCAAAUGAAACAGUGGAAAAUCCAGUAUGGAAUAAUGAUAGUAUUGUGAAAAGGAUAGAUUGUUACUCGUCAUAUAGAGAGAUGUUAAGUUGUGAACAGGCACAACAAAAGGACUGCUAAACAUAAGAGUUUCGGCCAUAAGGCCCUCUUCUAAUAUUGACAACACACACACACACACACACACACACACACACACACACACAAGCACAACUCAAACGCAGCUACAGUAUAUGUUGAGUAACAAUCUAUCCUUUUCAUAAUAUAGUGAAGGCAUUGUGAAACCCUCAUGUUAGGGUGCUGUUGACCUCAGAUGUUAAGUCCCAUAGUGCUCGGAGCUAUUUGAAACACUCAUGUUAAGUGUCAAACAAAUGUAAGAUAACUGUAUUGUGAGUGGUGAGUUUUACACCUUCCAUAAUUUGUACUUCACCCAAGGCCUUCCAGUACCAAGCUAAGGUUAAGGUUGUACUUUGCAGAGUGUCGUGAAUAAAGUUGAAAAGUAAUAUGUAAAUAUACAAAGCCAAUACAAAAGAACAAUGGGAAUGUAAAUGAUGGAAAUGUCAUAUGUCCUUGGAACCUAUUGUACGCAACUGUUCUAAUGAAUUAUGGAAUCACCUUUUAACCUUGUGUGUGGGUUACAGUUACUUCUUCAUCUUUGUUAACUAAUGUGUGUGCCAAAUUUUAGCAACAGGAAAAGUUACCAAUGUUAAUGGAAGACUGAUUGCCUUGAUUUUAUGUUUGUGAUUGUACUCUUUCCUGUUUUUAUAUAUUUGACAUACUUUUUAGAUUCUAAUUUGUCAAAGACAACUGUAUUUUCAAUCAAUCUGACAAGCAUGUUCCAUGUUGCACAUAACAUCUGGACCACUUUUGUUUUCUAGGUCUUAUCAGUUGUCUCUCCAAUUUCUGUAUUAACUACAUCUCUUCCAGUUACAUUUGUUCCAAGUGAAUGUCAUAGAACUAUAAAAAUUAAAUGUCAAACAUGAGAAAUGUGUUCACUUAGCUGACACCCACUUCUACCAUUACUUUUUUCACUGAGUUGACUGAAAGCAGACUGAAGGCAAUGAUUAUUAUUUUCACACUAACAUGCCGGAAAUACAUUAGUGUUUCAUUUUUUCCUAUUACAUUGACAUCACAAUAAAGUAAUCACAUGAUAAUGUACUUUCCAGGAACUGGACUACCCAGACUCUCAGUUUCAGAAAUGAGUGAAAAUCAAGGUGAAUAAAUAUUCAGAAAAGUUGUAGUUUAUCAAUUUUGAAUAUGUCAGACAUUACCAGUAACACAAGUUACUACCACACCCUUUACGGUACAGUGGAACAUGUACUCAAUUAACUCAGUUUUUCCCCUGCAAAAACAGUUUUUGUAAAGCAAUGGUGGGUGGGGGAAUAGCAAAAAAAUAAUUUUGUAUGUUUGUGUGUAUGCAUGCAUGUGUUUGUGUGUACUGAAUCUUCAAAUGAUGUAUUUAUGGUCUUCCAAGCCUAGAACUUAACUUUACACAAAGUUGCUAUAUGUACUUGGUUGCUUAAUCUUGCCAUAUUUUAAAUUUUUGUUGAUGAAUUAGUCCAAAAAGUUGAAGUAUUUCUAGAAUUAUAUUUUUUGUAUUGUUUUUACAGUUUAUGGUUGUGACACCUUUGCAACUGCAAUAAGUCUUCAAAUGGGCCAAACUAAUUAUUUCUUUUGCCACAAAUUUGAUCUUAUUUCUAAUUGUAGAAUUGUCUCUGAAUAUUUUUCUGCAUGACAAAUGAAUGGAAAUAUGCAAAUUAAACCAACUUUCUGACAUCAGUAUCAGAGAGAGUAACAGCUGCUAAAUCUAAAUGUGCAAUACCUGUAUGUGAUAUUCUGUUGACAUCUGUACCAAUAUUCAGAAACAUCAACUUUACUUAUUACCAUUCUUCCAUGUUCUGCUGCUCUGUGUUCCAUCCAGUCUUGUUUAUGCCAGCAAGACGAAAUAGAGAGGUUGUCGUACUUACAUGUGCUAGUGGUAUGAAAAUGGUCUCGUGUGUUUUUUUUCCACUCGGGUUGUCCACAGUGCUCAGUGGCAAUACUUUGAAAUAAAACAAAAUAUUCCUAAAAAUAAAGACUUAUUGAAGUUGUGAAAGACUAUAAAAUGCAUGUAUUGUGUUGUGUGUAUAUAUUGAGCUGAUUGCUUUAGUGGCAUUGGUCGUUAUUAGGCCUGUUUACAGUUUGUAUACAGUAUUCUAAACUGAUCUUUUACUGCGACUAUUGUAACACUACUGGUAAGGUAAUAAGAUUAGUGGAAAUUGUCGUGAAAAGGAACAGUCUUUGUGCAUUUAUAUAUACACGUGCCAUCUGUCUGGAAAUAUUGUAUGGUGGAAGUGAUAUUGGUGGUGACGGUAGUAACAUUAACUAUCCAGACAGCAUCUAUCAUUAGUACCAAGUAUUCAGCAGAAAAAAGUUAUCUUUACAAAAUAUUUGCUCAACUUUGAGAGCAUUCCACUGAUAUUGUCCCCAAUUUUGUACAAUGUAUAAGAAUACCAUGUUAAAAAAAUUAGGUGAAUUUUAGUAUACAAAUAAAUUUUAUUUUUUCA